AUGGAUCAAUUGAAGUCUCAAUUCCCAACUACAGCUGAAGAUAUUCACUAUUAUAUCGAAUUAAUCAAAUCAAAAGUUCCAACAAAUUUAAAUGAAAUUCAAUCACAUUUCCAUCAACAUUUUCAAAAUUUACAAAAUUCAAAUUAUGACACUAUUAUAGAUGAUUUUAAAAAUUUAAGAAUCAAUCCGAUAACUAUAACUUUAACUUUAAUUUCAUUAACUACUUUAUUUGUCUUUGGGAAAAUAAUAGGUUCUUCUAAUACUUCAACAUCAACGAAAUCCACUUCUUCAAAUUCAACUAAAUCAGAAGAAAAAGGAGUUAAAUCUACAAAGAAACCUAAAAAGAGAGUAUCAAAAGCUCAAAAGGCUAAUAAAGAAAUUCAAGAAAUUUUAGAUUAUGUUGAAUCUGAAUAUGUACCAGAAAUUGAUAAUUAUAUAGAAAAUUACAAAAAAUUAUCAACUGAUGAUAUUGAAACUAAAUUCAAAUAUUUUGAUGAAAUGUUAUUGAAAGAAUUAAUGAAAUUAGAUAGUAUUGAUGUUACUGGUAAUGAAAUUUUGAGAGAAAAUAGAAGAAAAGUUAUUAAAUUUAUUCAAGAUCAUCAAAAUAGAUUGGAUAGAUUUAAAAAAGAUAUUACUGUAAAAGCUAAUACUACUGCAAAUUAA